AAACAAAAUGCAUCAAAAUAUCAAAAUGUGGUCAAAAUUAUUAAAAGUGAUAAGAUCCAGUCAAUGUCGAUGAUAAGAAAUUCCCAAAAUAUUGGCCAAUAUAAUUUGUGUAUAACGCUUUGAUAGGUGGACUUGAGCAAGAGUGAUGUCAAAUGUGAAAAGUUUGAACAGGAUUCAAGUUUUUAUACUCCAAAUAUUAUUUGGAGUCUCUAUUUAUAUAGGGUCUCAAGGUACUGGUCUAGACAAGGUUUCGGAGUUGGCUGUAACAGUCGCCCGUUAUGUCGCAUAUAUUUACGUGAUAAGAGGAUCCGGCGAGGCAAUACGUCUGACACAUAACGCGUUUCGCUGCGGUGACAGCGACGGUCUCACGCGCUUGUACAAAAAGAACCACGCACACUAUCUCGUGUUCGCCGCCAGCGUCGGUUACGUGCUCCUCAGUCACGCCAGUAUACUUGGAGACGAAUUUUUAUACCUUUACGUUGGUAGCCUGAUCGUGAAAUAUAUUGAUAUGGAGAAGCAAAAGCGCGCGGUGUCGUACGGCACGGGCAUGGCGUGUAGUUUCUACGAGGGUUACUUGGCGCACAUGAUACCGAGCGACGGGCACAAGUUCGUCGGCUUCGAGGAGAACAUUCGCAUGUACGAGUCCAACGAGUCGAUCAAAUUCCCCGUCAUCAGGCUGUUCAUCAUCAUCACCAAGGAUCUUUAUUGCCCACCAGAUUUGAAAGCUUUCAAUAAACCGAACAGACCUGAUUUGCCUUAUUUGGAAGCGUGCAAGCCCCUGGAGAAGGUGAAGAAGGACGUGGCGGGCGUGAAGAAGCGCGUGUACAGGAACUCCGCGUACAAGGUGGUGCGCCGCGCCGCGCCGCCGCUGUACGUCGCCGCCGAGUGCGCCACGCCGCUGCACACGCUGCACCUCGUGCUCAGCAAGAAGGCGCUCUACACAGAAUUGGAGGACAUCGAUAAAGAUGAGGUGGUGAAUGAUUUCUGUACUAUGUUGACUUCCAUACUGACCACCAACCCGGACUGUAAGGGCAAGUGCGAGUGCAUCUAUUUUGAUAACACUGAUCCCGAAGCAAACUUGGCACAAGUAUUAAUAGACAGGAUUCGGGAGAUCGAACCCAACUUUGAGGAAAUAGUCAGAAGCAAAGACUGUGACUAACAAUUUUUGACAACUAUACGUAAAUACUAUGAAUAUUUUCAUAUUAAGGUAAUUUCAGAAAUGUCUAGGUAGCUUGUUAAUUUUGACAUUAUAUUUUACUGUAGUUAAUGAUUUCAUUCAAAUGCCAAUUUGACCAGAUAUAGUUUAACAUACCUCCACUUUGAAUUUAAUUAAAAUUUGAUAAUGUUUAAGUAAAAUAAGUAAUAUUAUUAUUUUUUAUGUUCGGUGAUUUUAAGUUUUAAAAACAUUGUGACGAUAAUUGUCUUUUAAAUUCGGUUGUAAAUUAACAGUGGAAUCAUAUUAUGUGGAACAAGAAUGUUAAAUUUUGUUUAAUUUGAAAAUACAAAUGUAAGUAUAAAAUAUAUUAUUUGAAUCCAAAUUAACAUACAUGACAAUAUAUUCUUUACGUGUUAUGCUUAUGUUCUCGUAUUGUAUGAUCACGUAUAAUAUAGUGAGAUUUAAGUAACUAUGUUUAAAUAUAACCUAUGUACUGUAUCAUAAUUUGAUUUUGGCAGCACAAGACUGAGUACUAUGAUAGAUAAUAUUAAGAUAAUAUUAUUGUUUAAUAUUUAGAUAAAAUUAAAGGUUCAACAGUAGCGUCACAGAAACAAUGUGGCAAUCGAAUCAUAGUUGCUCUCAGUCAGUUUUUAAGCGAUGUUAAUUUUAAAUUUUUCGUUACAUUCGUACCUCUUUGUAACUGUCAUAUGUUUAUCACAGCACUGAAGGAUUUUUUUUUUUUGUGAUUAUAUAUAAUAGUAAUCUAUUCACACAAUAUAAAUCGAAGUUUGAAGUGUUAAAACUAAAUUAACUCUAGUCUGUGCAACGGACUUAUGUUAUAAUUUUUUAAAAAUAAAUGUCUUUCAAGAUUGUAGAUUUUGGUUUUAGGGACUUUAACUUCGACAAUUGUAUGACCAUCGUCAGGAUGUAAAGGUCAUACAAUUGUCGAAUACUGGAUUAAAGUUUGCUAUAAC